UGCCUGGAAGGCACUGCAGGCUGAAAUUUGGAGACAUAGGCUGCUUUAUUUUAUUUUUCCAAAUAUAAAAACCUUCCAUUUGGAUAUUGGAUUUUUAUGUGGCUCUUUGCAGCGGAGGGAUGUGUGGUUUCUUUUAAUUUUACUCUUUUUUUUUUCUCUUUCUCUUUUAAUUAUUAAAAAAGCCUUCCAGUUAAAACGCAAGGAAACCGUUUUACCUGCAUGUGACAAUCCCAGAGGACACCGACCAAGAAACAGGGGAGUGACUUGGUCUUCUGCACUACUUUACUCCUACCCCCAUUUUUUUUUAAUUUUAUUUUUUUUUAGGGGGGAGAGAAGGAUUUUUGCAGCCCAAGAACCUCUUGCCCCCAAGUUUUGGAAGGGGGGAGGGGGGGUUGAAGACUUGUCACCCACCUGGGGGUGCACGAAGGGCAUCGCUUUUCUUUCUGUGCCAACUUGGUUUCGUGGAGGUUUGGAAGAGAAUUUUUGCCCGGGAGAAGAGGACGAUGAUGUGGAAGUGGCUGGGCGCCCUGCUGCUCUUCCCGGUGCAGAUGGUGUAUCUGGUGGUGAAAGCUGCCCUGUGCCUGGUGCUGCCGCCCAAGCUGCGGGACCUGUCCCAGGAGAACGUGCUGGUCACCGGCGGGGGCCGCGGCAUCGGUCGCCACCUGGCCCGGGAGUUCGCCAGGAGAGGAGCCAGGAAGAUCAUCCUGUGGGGUCGGACUGAGAAGUGCCUGAAGGAGACCACGGAGGAGAUCAGGCUGAUGGGCACAGAGUGCCACUAUUUCAUCUGUGACGUGGGCAAUCGAGAGGAGGUCUAUCGGCAGGCCAAGGCCGUGAGGGAGAAGGUGGGUGACAUCACCAUCCUGGUGAACAACGCUGCCGUGGUCCACGGGAAGAGCCUGAUGGACAGCGAUGAUGAUGCACUGCUCAAAUCCCAGCACAUCAACACCCUGGGACAGUUCUGGACCACCAAGGCAUUCCUGCCAAGGAUGCUGGAGCUGCAGAAUGGACACAUUGUGUGCCUGAACUCCGUCCUGGCCUUGUCAGCCAUCCCUGGUGCCAUUGACUAUUGCACCUCCAAAGCCUCCUCCUUUGCCUUCAUGGAGAGCCUGACCCUGGGGCUGCUGGACUGUCCUGGAGUGAAUGCCACGACAGUGCUGCCCUUCCACACCAGCACAGAGAUGUUCCAGGGCAUGAGAAUCAGGUUCCCCAGUCUUUUCCCUCCCCUCAAGCCAGAGACAGUGGCCAGGAGGACGGUAGAGGCUGUUCAGACAAAUCAAGCCUUCCUGCUCCUUCCAUGGACAAUGCAUGUUCUUGUCAUCCUAAAAAGCAUCCUCCCUCAGGCAGCACUUGAAGAAAUCCACAAGUUCUCUGGGAGCUACACCUGCAUGAACACUUUCAAAGGGCGAACAUAGAGCCGAUGGCACAGGGACUGGUCCUGAGUGAGCCCCUGACAGGACUGUGAAUCAGCAGCCUUGGCUUCCAGCCUGUUCAUGUGACUUGUGCUGCUCUGAGGCAACGCAUUUCUUGCAGGUCAUAUCCAUAGUAACAUGACCUUUGCACAGGAUUGAGUGACUGGACUGUGGACCCUUUGGAAAGGAAAACAAAGCGCGUGAAACGGUUCUGCGGUGUUUAAUUCUUUAGAGUUCAAUUGUUGAGUCUCCUCCUAGUUUUGAGAUGUAAUUUUUGUUUCUGAAGUUGUCUGUGGGCUGUCCCAGUGGAGAGGCAGCACUUGCCAUGCCAAACACACUUUGUCUCCUCUCUUCCAUGGUUUCAUUUCUGCUUUUGGAAAGGGGAACUGAAAAAAGUACUUUGAGGAACUAAAAGUUAUGGACAUUUAACGGAAGUUUCUCUCCCUUCCUUCGCUUUCCAUCCCUUCCUUCACUUUCCAUUCCAUGGUGGAGCUGUUCCCAGCACACCCUGGGGAAGGAGCAAACCUUGGAGCAGUGUUUUCUUUGCUAAAGGCCACCCAGGACUUCUAUGUGGAAGGACUGAGCUGGGCCCAAAGAGAGUUGUUGUAUUUCACCUGUGGGGGCUGGACAGGAGGGUUCAGGCAGCAGAGCAGUUCAAAUAGUGGGAGAUUCCUUCUGUCACUGAACUCAUAUAUGAAAUUUGUCAUUCUGAAUUUUUUUCUUCAUUUAUGAUCAAAUAUAAGUACGUUUUUAGCAUUAAUCCCAGGUUGCCACACAUGUAGGCAGCAGCAUCAACAAUGGGAUGAACUAAAUCUAGAACUAAAACUGGAGCCUGCUUGUACAAACACACAUUCACUGACAUAAUCCAUGCAGAGGAAAGUCCACUGUAUCAGUCUGCACAGUGAGGUGGAAUAAUGCUCUAAAAACAGAAGAGUCUGUACUGUAGAGCUCAUGAAAUGUGAAGUUUGGAAGCACAGUUAGCAAAGGCCUGAUUAAAUGCAUGUUGAAUUCAA